UCACCCCUCGCCCACGCAACGCCGGCUCAACCGUCCAGUAGCCCCCCUCAUCACCUCGAAAAGCUAGCCGCCAGCUAAUUGAACCGCAUCAUGCUCUUCAUGCGCGCCGCGUCAAAGGUCAGCCGGGUGGCAGUCCCGGCCUACCGAGCACCUACUGUUGCAUUGAACGCUCAGCGCACCUUCUCGCAGUCGGCUAUCCGAAAGAGCGAUGCGCACGCCGAGGAGACAUUCGAGGAGUUUACCGCCAGGUAUGAGAAGGAGUUCGAGAAGGUCAAUGAUGUUUUUGAGCUUCAGCGAAACCUGAACAACUGCUUCGCCUACGAUCUCGUUCCCUCCCCUGCAGUCAUCACUGCUGCUCUCCGCGCUGCCAGGCGUGUCAAUGACUUCCCCUCGGCUGUCCGAGUUUUCGAGGGUAUCAAGUUCAAGGUGGAGAACAAGGGCCAAUACGCCGAGUACCUUCAGGAGCUUGAGCCAAUACGCGAGGAGCUUGGUAUCCCCCUCAAGGAGACCCUCUAUCCUGAGGAGAAGUAGAUUGCAGGCUGGUAUGCUCGCUAUCCGAUUAUCUCAUUCUUGACAUCGAAUACUUCGGAGCGCCCAAUGUAAAUGCCAUAUUUCAAUUU